UUAACCAAACCUUUUGCCCUACAUUGGGAUAGAAAACGUAUAUCCGUCAAAAGAGAAAACAUGGCUGCUGUGCCAUCCGGACGGACCCCGUCCGGGUCUGAAGGUUUCGCCUUGCCUGUGACCGGGAAGGAGCCCGAGGAGAACUCCGGGAAGCAGCAGGAGCGGAGCGGAGAGGUGGGGAAGAAGCCGUGUCGGGUUUGUACGGACUUUAAAUCGUGGAUGAAGGCUCAGAAGAAGCAGGCGGUGGCACAGGAGGUCCGAGCUGAAGAACCAGUGGUACAGAAGGAACCAGAGUGUCCACUGGACAGGGAAGAGUUAGGGCGUAACACCUGGUCCCUCCUGCACACCAUGGCAGCGUACUACCCUGAUCAACCAUCCUCCAGCCAGCAGCAAGACAUGGGGCAGUUCGUCAACCUCUUCUCCAAGUUCUUUCCCUGUGACGAAUGUGCAGAAGACCUCAGGAGCAGAUUGAUGACCAAUCGCCCAGACACCAGCAGUCGCCACGCGCUCUCUCAGUGGUUCUGUCGGCUCCAUAACGACGUCAACAUCCGGCUCGGGAAGCCUCAGUUCGACUGCUCCCGUGUGGAUGAAAGGUGGAAGGAUGGAUGGAAGGACGGCUCCUGUGACUGACUUUUCCUUUCUGAGUGCUGAGGGACUCUGUGACAGUGAGGAGGACCAGAACUUUUCCCUUUGGUGCAAAAACUCAUACUGGAUGUACUACAUGGGAAGAGGGAUGUAUAGCAUCCGACAGUCUAAAACUGACAUCCUCUGCUGCUGCCAGACACUUGCUUAUCUUUCAUUAAAAA